AUGCUUGGAUUCACCGCUUCUGCAGUCUUUGGCUUGGUUCUGGCCGGUGCUGGUGUGCAGGCGAGCACGCCUCUGGUUCGAAGUUAUGAGGGUGAUACCUUCUUUGACCGAUGGCAAUAUUACGGCUAUUACGACAACACCACAAACGGUGAUGCCUACUAUGCCAACAAGAGUGUCGCGACUGGCUCGCCCGAGCUCACCUACCUUACCGAUGCGGGCACUGCCGUCAUCAAGGUCGACAACACCUCUACCGUGGCCUACAACGAAAAGCGAAACACCAUCAGGCUCACCUCCGAGGACACCUACUCUGUUGGCUCGGUAUGGGUUUUGGACGCCGUCCACUUGCCUUAUGGUUGUUCCGUCUGGCCUGCGUUCUGGAGUUACGGUGCCGGUGCCACCUGGCCUGAGCAGGGAGAGAUUGAUACCAUCGAGGGCGUGAACAUGGGUUACUCGAACCACAUGGCUUUGCACACUGAGGACGGUUGUUCCCUCGAGGCUUCCAGCACCCAGUACUCUGGUACCGUCAACGACACCUCGUGCUACUACUCUGACAACGACAACUCUGGCUGUGGUGUCACCGACACUGACUACAACUCUUACGGUUCUGGCUUCGCGUCGAACGGCGGCGGUGCGUUCGUGACCGAGUUCUCUGAGGAUGGUAUCAGCAUCUGGUUCUUUGAGCGAUCUGCCAUCCCCGAUGCCGUCUCCAAUGCCAACGACAGCAUCGACACCAGCAGCUUGGGUACCCCUAGUGCUUAUUGGGGCUCGAACACUUGUGACAUCACCGAGUUCUUUGGUGACCAGUCCCUUGUCUUUGACAUUACACUUUGUGGCUCCUGGGCUGGUCAGUCUAACAUCCUCUCCACCACUGGUUGUUCUGCUUUGAGCGGCUCCGACACUUGUUACACUACCUACGUGCUUGACUCUACCAACUACGACACCGCCUACUUUGAGAUCAAUUACUUGAAGGUCUACUCCAACGACUCCUCUUCAUCCAACUCUUCUUCCUCCUCUUCCAGCUCGAGCUCGAGCUCUGGCGUGUCUGCCACUUCUGCCCUCGGCUGGCUCCUCGCCGGUAUCAUGGGUGCCUCUGCCUUUGUCGGCAGUAUGCUGUAA